ACAUCUAUUGUGUUAAUGUCAAAGAUCUUCAAUUCACAUGUAUGGUUUUACUAUAUUUGUUUGUAAACUGUGUGUCCUUUGUUGUAAUGCUACUUGUAAUAAAAAAGGCUUUUGCGUCCUUGGACAUGCUUUAUACUUUAAUCAGUAGCCUAAGUGGCUGACACAAUUUCUCAUUUACUUCAUGUUUGAAUCACUGGAUCAAAUGUGAACCAAUAGCAGCAGAGGAUACGAUUAGUCUCAGUUGAACAUUGACCUAUUUUCUCUGUAUUUCACAACAUCUUGUUGUCAGGAGGACAGCUCUGCUGGAUUCUCCCUCAGUUUCAAGAUUGAAACAAGGAGAAGGAAACACACUGUUUUGGACAGCAGGGCAUUUUGUUGCUGCAGAAGGGAAAUAAUCUCAUCUGAGGCAGGAAUGAAGAGAGCUGUGUUAUUUCUGAUCACUGUCUAUGCCUCAGUGCCUGUCUUUCUCUACCUGUUCCCCUGGAUACUGGGCCAUGCUAUAUUUGCUCACUUGUUGAGGUUUCCAUUCUUUGUGGAUCUUGGCAGACCUGAAGACGUGCUGAACCACACAUGUAACUUCUACCUCAACACAGAGGAGGGUAUCUCAGUGGGUGUCUGGCAUACACUCCCUGCCAGCCAAUGGGAGGAGGCCGCGGGGAGAAGCCCUGAGUGGUACCGGGAGACUCUGGGAGACGGCCGUCCUGUUAUUAUCUAUCUCCAUGGCAACCUAGGGACCAGGGCCAUAAAUCACAGAGUAGAACUGGUGAAGAUUUUAAGUGCUGCAGGGUAUCAUGUCUUAUCUCUAGACUAUAGAGGUUUUGGAGACUCCACUGGGGAGCCAAGUGAAGCUGGAUUGACCAUUGACGCUCUAUACCUGUACAACUGGGUAAAGAAACAAAGCAGAAGGGGUCUUGUCUGUCUGUGGGGACACUCGCUUGGCUCUGGGGUGGCCACCAAUACUGCAGUGAAAGUACAAGAGCAAGGCUCUGUUGUUGAUGCUUUAAUCCUUGAAGCUCCAUACACAAGAAUUGGAGAAGUUGUAGCCAACCAUCCGCUCACUAAGAUGUACAUGUUCCUUCCAGGAUUUGAGAGCUUGCUUUGGAACAUAUUGAAAAUGAACAACAUUGUAUUUGCUAACGAUAAAAAUUUAAAGACCUUGACCAGUCCACUUCUUAUUCUGCAUUCAGAGGAUGACAAUGUAGUACCUCAUCACAUGGGUCUGAAGCUGUACCAGAUAUCACUGCAGGCUAAGAAGAAAUAUAACACAGAUGUUCGGGUUGAAAUGAUCUCCUACAGUGCAAAUCUCGGAUUCUCCCAUGGCAACAUCUACUUAGAUCCCAAUCUGUCGAAUGUGGUUUGGAAAUUUCUACAAAACCUGAGACAGUAGAUUGGCUUUCCCUCCUCUAAAGAAGUGGGUCUCUCCUCUUCUAGUGUUGCUUUGUAGAUUUUGCAAAAUAAGGCCCAACAGAUUACAACAUACAGAUUUAUUUUUGCCACAAAAUGUGUGUGUGUUCUAAAAACUGAAUCAAAAGCAUUUAUUAUAUAUAACAGCAUAUGUCUUUAUUUCAACACUGGGACAAAAUACUGUAGAUCACUAGUGAUACUGAUACAGAUGCAAAUAAAUCUUAGAAAUGGUGUCAAUCUGCCUGGAGUAUAGACAGGCUUUGUCACUCAGUACAUACAGCAUAAAGUCACUGGAAUGUAAUUAAAAAUUCAGUUUAGUCAGCUGCUCUGUUACUGACAUCCUACUGAAUUCCUGAAAUUCAGAAACCCCCACCAAUCCUGAACUCCAGGAAUGUCAAAUAUGAAGUAUUUGACCUCUCAGCUCUCCACACUGACCUACUUUAUGUGUUGUUUACUGUAUGUGUUGGUGCUAAAGGACUGUAACAGACAAUUUUCAAUGCAAGUGCUUUGACAAUAAAAAGUGUUCAGAAAAUAAAAACAUGUAACACCCAAAGUUCUCUUCAGUGAGGUGUAACUUGAAGAUUAAAAAAGCACAACGGGAGAGGAACAGUAAAUGAUUUGUAAACAUAAAGACAGGCCUUGGUUGUGAAGCAGCCUCACAUUUUCUUCAGAGCUCUGGCUGUUUCUUCGAUGGCCUCUCUUGGCUCAUUCGGAGACGGGAUCUUCAGGUCUGUCGGCUCAACGCCCCACACCUCAGUGGCGUACUCUGUGAUGGUUCUGUCGCUGGAGAAUUUUCCUGUGGCAGCGAUGUUCUUGAUCACCAUCUUUGUCCACUUUGUUGGAUUCUUUCAAAGGAAAAUAAAACAUUUUUAUUAUAGAUUU